GGGCCGGGCUUAGCGGUGUGCGGGCGGCGGAGAGGCCGGGGCUGUCAGCGCGGCUCCUGGGCUCCCUCCCCUCCAGCUGCACCCACCGACCCGGGCGGGAGGAUGAACCUGGAGCGGCUGAGGAAGCGGGUGCGGCAGUACAUCGACCAGCAGCAGUAUCAAAGUGCCCUGUUUUGGGCAGACAAAGUAGCUUCACUGUCUCAUGAGGAGCCACAGGAUAUCUACUGGUUGGCCCAGUGUCUUUACUUAACAGCUCAAUAUCAUAGGGCAGCCCAUGCCCUUCGCUCACGUAAAUUGGAUAAGCUAUAUGAAGCGUGUCGCUACCUUGCAGCGAGAUGCCAUUAUGCUGCAAAAGAACAUCAACAGGCCCUGGAUAUUCUUGAUAUGGAAGAGCCAAUCAACAAACGACUUUUUGAAAAGUACUUGAAGGAUGAAAGUGGAUUGAAAGACUCUGCCACAGACUGGGAGAUGUCACAAUCCUCUAUCAAGAGCUCUAUUUGCCUUUUGCGAGGGAAGAUCUAUGAUGCUUUGGAUAACAGAACCCUAGCAACAUACAGCUACAAAGAAGCCUUGAAGCUUGAUGUUUACUGCUUUGAAGCAUUUGAUCUUUUAACGUCCCACCACAUGCUCACGGCACAAGAAGAAAAAGAACUUCUUGAAUCUCUACCUCUUAGUAGACAAUGUACAGAAGAAGAACAAGAGUUGCUUCACUUUUUAUUUGAGAACAAAUUGAAAAAGUAUAAUAAACCCAGUGAAACACUGAUUCCUGAAUCAGUAGAUGGUCUCCAGGAAAACCUGGAUGUGGUGGUAUCCUUAGCUGAAAGACAUUAUUAUAACUGUGAUUUUAAAAUGUGUUACAAGCUUACUUCAGUAGUAAUGGAAAAAGAUCCUUUCCAUGCAAAUUGUUUACCUGUGCAUAUAGGGACACUUGUGGAGCUUAAUAAAGCAAAUGAGCUUUUCUAUCUUUCUCACAAACUGGUGGACCUGUACCCAAAUAAUCCUGUGUCAUGGUUUGCAGUAGGAUGCUACUAUCUCAUGGUUGGCCACAAAAAUGAGCAUGCCAGAAGAUAUCUCAGCAAAGCUACUACACUUGAGAGAACGUAUGGACCUGCAUGGAUAGCAUAUGGACAUUCGUUUGCAGUUGAGAGUGAGCAUGACCAGGCAAUGGCUGCAUACUUCACAGCUGCACAGCUCAUGAAAGGGUGUCACUUGCCGAUGCUCUAUAUUGGACUGGAAUAUGGUUUGACCAACAACUCAAAGUUAGCUGAAAGGUUUUUCAGCCAAGCUUUAAGCAUUGCACCAGAAGAUCCUUUUGUUAUGCAUGAAGUUGGAGUGGUUGCAUUUCAAAAUGGAGACUGGAAAACUGCAGAAAAGUGGUUUCUUGAUGCACUGGAAAAAAUCAAAGCUAUUGGAAAUGAGGUAACAGUUGAUAAGUGGGAGCCUUUAUUGAACAACUUGGGACAUGUCUGCAGAAAACUCAAGAAAUACGAAGAAGCUCUGGAAUACCAUCGGCAGGCACUGGUAUUAAUUCCUCAGAAUGCCUCUACUUACUCUGCCAUUGGCUACAUACACAGUCUCAUGGGGAAUUUUGAAAGUGCUAUUGAUUAUUUUCAUACGGCCCUUGGUCUUAGGAGGGAUGACACAUUUUCUGUCACAAUGCUUGGACAUUGCAUAGAAAUGUAUAUUGGUGAUUCUGAAGCCUACAUUGGAACAGAGAUCAAAGACAAAUUAAGAUGUUAUGACUUUGAUGUACACACAAUGAAGACAUUAAAGAACAUAAUUUCACCUCCCUGGGAUUUCAGAGAAUUCGACAUAGAAAGACAAACUUUGGAUGAAAGUGGCAUUGUAACAUUAGAAACCUCACAUCAAAGGAAAAGUACAGAUACCAGUCGCCCACUAGAAGAAACUUUUGAGAUUGAAAUGAAUGAAAGUGAUAUGAUGUUAGAGACAUCAAUGUCAGACCAUAGUACAUGACCAGAACUACUGGUAGAGAGGUCAUUUUGUCUAAGUGUAAUAAUAUGUUUGUUUUAGCAUUUUUGUUAUGGUGUUAUACUUUCGAGAUUUUGCUAUUUUUAUAUGAAUUCAAACUCUGUACUUAAGACCAGAAAAAUAAUGCUUGCCUUAAGGAUGAUUAAAAAGUAUACAUGGUGGACUAUUUCUACCAAACUAAUCACACAUGAUGAAGUAAAAAAUAGAUUUUUUUCUUUUUCUUUUUUUCUUUUUUUUUUCUUUUUUAAUUGUUUACUGAUCCAUGUGUCUGCCAUCAGUAAGACUGUGAAGGUUUGAAAAUAGUACUUAACAUUCUCAGCACUGUUAAAUUGAAUAGCCAGUCUAAUAUUGUAUCAUUGUGGCUUCUGAGUUGUCAUUCUGCCUGUGAGGAAUGUUUUAUUAGUAAAUCUAUCCCUCCCAAAAAAAUCCAUGAAGUUUUAUACUUAACUACUUUGUUAAUUCUUUAAGGAAGAAUUUUUAUAGUUUUCCAUCAUUUGACUCUAAUUUGAUGUACAUUAAAUUGAUGACAAAGCAUGCUACUCUGGUAUACUUCAUUCAUUUCAGUUCAUCAUUAUAUUCAUAUUGUAUUACUGAAAGAUCAUUUAAGAACUAGUUUUGGUAAGCUGACUAGACAACAAACUUGAAUGUUAUAAAUAUGAAGAUACAUCACUAUUUCUUGCAAUUAGUGUUACAGUAAAAUUGUAAGCCACAGGGCACUACUGUAGGGGACCACAGUCAUUCUCUUUACACAUAGUUUUGUCAGUGCAAAGGAUUAACUGAAUAAUACACAUUUUUUACAAGUCUGGAAAGUGUGGUAUUUUUAAUGGUUUUGGUUCACUGAAAAAUUAAGAAGUAAAGCAUAUGCCUCUAAAACAGAAGCAGGGAUUUCUCCACUAAACAGGACAGGUCUGUUUGCCUUCAUAGCAUGAAUGUUGAACAUAUUUUGUCUAAAUUUUUCCCUUCUCUUCUUGCCUUUUCCACAUUUGUCACUGUGUGGGGCCAGAAAUUAAAAACUUAACACUACAAGCUGUCAUAGUAUUUUCUUCUGUGACUUCCAGCUCAGUUUUGGCAUUUUAUGUUUGGAACAGAUUUCCUGAAAUUUAGCAGUCCAAACUUUAGUGCUAAGUACUUCAGAUGAAAAACUAGCCAUUUUUCUGUAGAGAAGUAUUUCUUACAAAGUCAAAAAACUAUUUUUGUUUUUUAGUCAGCAAAAUUAAAUCAUUGGUCUGAAACGUAAUAUCUACACUGUGUCACAGUACAUGUGGGAACAUUUGAAAAUGUGUUUUCAAUUACACUUUUAGCAUAAAGCAUGCAUGUUUAGUUAUUGUCAUCUAAUGUUCAUCUACUUUACCGUGGCAAAGUAUAAAAAAACCUUACAUUACUGUGAUUCAUGAAGUUCCUUUUUAGGCACUUUAUGUAACUAAGAGGAAACAAGGGCUGAAUCCAAGUACCUGUAUUUAAACAUUGCUGUCAUUUUUGCUUUCCAGCAGUCCAUCUUUUUUCAUUUUUGAUAUUUUUACCUUAGAAAAUGUUUACUUUUAAUUUUGCCAGUGAAUGGAUAUCAAAGGAUGGGCUGAUACUGUAAAUUUUUGAGUUGCUGUUUGGUGUUUUUUUUCUUUUUUAAUAUUGUAUAGUUUUGCAUAAACUGGAAAAUAUAAACCACUGCUACUUCUCCCACUAUA